CAGGAGGGGCAGCUCCGACGCUAAAGAUGUCCGAAGCUGCUGUGGCCGAUACUCGCCGGUUGAAUUCGAAACCGCAGGACCUUACGGACGCCUAUGGUCCUCCGAGCAACUUUCUGGAAAUCGAUGUGUAUAACCCACAGACCAUCGGAGUGGGUCGGAACCGUUUCACGACUUAUGAAGUACGAAUGCGGACAAAUCUUCCCAUCUUCAAGCUCAAAGAAUCCUGUGUGCGAAGAAGAUACAGUGACUUUGAGUGGCUGAAGAAUGAGCUGGAGCGAGAUAGCAAGAUUGUAGUGCCCCCCCUUCCUGGAAAGGCUCUUAAGAGACAAUUGCCCUUCCGGGGUGAUGAGGGUAUCUUUGAGGAGUCGUUCAUUGAGGAACGAAGGGUUGGCCUGGAGCAGUUCAUCAACAGGAUUGCAGGUCAUCCCUUGGCCCAGAAUGAGCGCUGCCUCCACAUCUUCCUGCAGGAAGAGAGCAUUGACCGGAACUACAUCCCUGGAAAAGUACGCCAGUAGGGGAGGGGAUCAAUGACAGGAGCUCAGGCCAGGGGACAGGCAGGGGCUGCUUUUGUUUGCUGCUUUCUUUCUGUUCAUCCUACCAACACCUCCUGCAGAGCAAUGUUCAUUUUUACACUGAAAAAUGGUUAAGUACAUACAAACAUAAAAAUACAAUAUGAAGGACUUCAGUACCAAGUCAUUGUUUCCUGUCAGGAGCAUCAUGUUUGUUUAUUCCUGUAAUCAAAGCUCAUUUUGUCUCUUGAAGUGUGUGGACACACAAACGUACAUACGUUUAUCCAUGCAUCUGUACGGAACAGGAUGUCCUUCCUGUGUAUUUUUUCUGUGUUUUGUUGUUUUUGUAAAUAAAGAGUAAAAUAAGAUCUUGCUAUGGAAAAGGAUAUAAGUGAUUGAAGACUUGAGCACUUCUGUUUCAGGGCCACUGAUUACAUCAUUUCCCCAUAUAUUUCCCUUUCUUCAGGUUAGAAUGAAAGUUCAGUUAAUUUUUUAAAUUAAUGCUGCUUUAAAAACCUUUGACAGUCAUACUUUUUCAUGGAGGACAUCUCUGAAUUGAGGAAUGCAGGUGUAGUCUAGGGAAUCUUACAUUUCUGUGCAAGUAUUUAUCUUCUGUGUAUGUCUGUCGUACUCAUCAACCCAGUCCUCUAUCCCCUCUAUGCACCCUGUUGCCUCCCCAAUUCAUGUCCAGUAGUGAGUGAGUGAGUGAGUGCUUUAGUUGUAAGAUAGAGGUCCAUGCUUAGUAAAUUCACUGCAGGUCAGUGUUAGUCCUGUGCAGUGUUGCCACCCACUGUUCCAGAGGAGUCAAGAUUUUUUUUUUUUUUUUUCUCCUCCUUGAGUAACUAGGUGGUAAUUGGAUACAGCUGUGUUUAGGCAACCAAGGCAUAGUAUACUCAACAGCA